UUAUUCUGAAAAUAUUGCACCGGAAGACGAAUUGUUGUCGUUAGCAGCUGGCUGAACGCAGGCGGGUUGUGAAAGUUAUCUCUGCGAGAAAGCACGUCUUUUAAAUCAAGUUUAACGUUCAAAUUAAUGUUUAUAUCCAGUGAGUAACAGACACGGCUCUCCUGAGCUGCACGAGACGAACAAGCUCGAGUUUGUCUCGUGAAUCUUUCAGUCUACUCUGGUGACGUACGUUCAGUUUGUUUGUAUCAGCGACGUGAGUCGAGAUGAAGCCGCCUCCUCGGAAACGAACUAAAAUAGAUCGCACCCUGUAUCCUGAACCUGCUUCAGGUAAACAGGCCAGUUCCAGCAGUCAGUGGAAGCAAGCAGAACAGAGGAGUCUCCUGACAGCACUGAAAAAACUCAGCGGGAAAACCCAGGGCCACGAAGACAUCGACUAUGAUUUCCUGAGAAACCACGUGCAAACUCGGUCCAUUUCGGAGAUGCAAUCUGUGGUGGAAUAUCUGAAGAACAAAGUGAUCUCAAUGGCGAGCCAAACGCUAAAGGAGAAGAGAUUGGAGGAGAAGGUCAGAAAGCCCAUCGAGGUGUGGACACACAUGGCUUCUACUAUAACUGGAAACCUCGAAGAACCCAUUUCCACUGCAUUCUCUCAGAUGCUGAUCGUGUCGUCCACAGAGCCUUGCACCCUGAGGAACUGUGACCCUCCCCAAGUCUACAGACCACCCACAAACAAAGACGGGCCUGUUGGUCGCACCAUCACUCCUAGACCAAUGACUAGGCUGCCAGUCAAAGCUGAGCGACCUAACACCAACACAGCCCGUCCUCUCAUGGUUAUCAAGACCCCGGCGCCAGCCAUGGGCCCAGCCAGAAGACUCCCAGCACCCUCCCAAGUGGUGAGAGUGCCAAACAGCAACAUCCUUCCACCGAAGCAACGGCUUCAUGCCACAGCUGGAAGCUCACCUGCUGUUGCCACCUCCACCUCUCAGUCUGCAGCCUCCGUCUGCCAGCCGGGUGCGGCAGCAACACUCGUCAUGCCUUCUACAUCUCCACAACCGUCCUCACAGACUGUGACGCCACUUACAGCUGAGCGUCCUAACACCAACACAGCCCGUCCUCUCAUGGUUAUCAAGACCCCGGCGCCAGCCAUGGGCCCAGCCAAAAGACUCCCAGCACCCUCCCAAGUGGUGAGAGUGCCAAACAGCAACAUCCUUCCACCGAAGCAACGGCUUCCUGCCACAGCUGGAAGCUCACCUGCUGUUGCCACCUCCACCUCUCAGUCUGCAGCCUCCGUCUGCCAGCCGGGUGCGGCAGCAACACUCGUCAUGCCUUCUACAUCUCCACAACCGUCCUCACAGACUGUGACGCCACUUACAGUUACAGGACAAGUCCCGCCCAGUUCUGGCUCUGCAGCAGUGGUAAAGACUCCGAGUGUUGGCAGCUCUCUAAUCCGGACUACCCAGCAGCCCGCGGAGCAACACCCCACCCCCAUCUCCACCGCCACCACGUCAAACUCCCUCUCCUCCAGCAACGCCACCAGCCAAACUCCAGUCCCCAGUACCGCAGCGUCCACUGGUGCCUCCUCCACGCCCCCACUCUCCACCACCGCCGCGGCCUUGUACGCCCGGUUUGGUCGCACCAGCAAGUACAACACGACGGACACGCCGAGGGUGUUAGGCGUCAAGAGCGUAGUGGACUUUGAGAGGAUCUAUUGCUACCUGAGUCAAAUCCACCAACCGAACGACGAGUGUCAUCUCACCCCCAUGGAGAGCGCUAUAAUGCUGGACCUGUUGAUGUCUCUCCCAGAGGAGCUUCGCCUGCUGAACUGCAACAAGCUGCACACGCAUCUGACUCAGGUGUACCAAUUCCUCUCAUCCCCCGCUGACUCCAAGAUGGCGCGAGAAAUGUUUAAAGAGCGGAAGGAUGGACUCCGUGCUCAGACAGGAACACCGAGCGGUCCCAACGGUCAGCAGAACACUGCUGGGGCUGCUGACAGCGACAGUGUCACAGACAGCGGAGGGAAGAAACUACAGCCAGAGGAAUCUGAGAGCCAAUCAUCAGGAAGCAGUAACCCAUCAGGACAUUCAGGGAAUGCAGAAAAGAUAGGACUCUGCCCCCCCCUCAACCCGUUUAUGGUGCCACUGAAACUGUUGAGGCGCAAAUAGGUCAUGUUUAUAAAUGCAUAAAACAAAUGUGCAAUGGUUUGUGCAGUAUGCUUUAGUUAUGUCUACAUUCUAUAAUAAUACAUUAUCUUUACACUCAUUUUAGAGUUUUAAAGUAUUUGGUCAUUGUUUGUCUCAGAGGUUCCAAGGCUGGGCAUCGAAACCAGAAUCUGGAGUAUGGGAUGUCUGGUCAGUCUGAUUCAUCGUCUCGUUUAUAUUUAUUCUUUGAUCAGGUACGUUCUAUUUAAAUCAGAAUAUUGUCUAUUUCAGACAUUUCAAUUUUAUUUAUGCAACGUUGUUGUUCACCUGCUUUUGUUAAGACAACAUUAAACACUGAUGCAUUGAGAAGUUUGGUUUAUUUUCUUAAAUGAAAGAAAAGGCUUUUUUUGGUGCAGGGCAACUAAAGAUUAUUGUCAUUAUUGAUUGAUCUGCAUCCUAUUUUCUUUAUUAAUAAUUUGGAUAAUAAAAUGUCAGAAAAAAAGUGAAAAAUGCCCAGCA